UGCUCACCGGCGAUUAAGGGUUGGAGUCACGCAGGCUCCAUGGUGUCGCGCUAUGUCUCAAAUACAGACAUACACAGAAUAAUAAACCUCAUCAGUUAAUUAGUUCAAAAUGUGAUUUUGUCUCUGCAAAUUGAGUCGGUUGACAGUAAACUGGGUCAAGCUGCUAUUCCACUCUCACAUCAAAUAACAGGAGAGACAUUAGACCGUAGACGAGCUCCAUGCCUAACUAACUCUAACUCUCUAACUCUAACCGGGGUCCAUUUUCAAAACACCAGUAAAGACGUAUUUAACCCUAUCACGACUUAAUGGAGUUUUACUGGGCCUCGACAUUCUGACUAGAGGAAUACUGGUUCUGUGCCAAGCUGAACAAGAGUAAGUAAGCUACGCAUGAUGUAAAAGCAGGUUGUUCUGACCAAGUUGUACAGCAGGCCAACUGGCGGUGGGAACGUCACACAUCUGCUUACAGGAAAUUACACACAAAGGCAGCACAUGCAAGAUCAUCUCACGCCAUGACCUGUCGGAUAUAUCGGAAUGAUCAUCUCAUGCCAUUACCUUUUGGAUAUAUCAGAAUGAUCAGCGGUUUGUGUCUAGGUUUGCUUCUCUGCAUGACAGGGCAUGGUAAACUGAUCCAGGUGGCCCCUGGCAGUGAUGUGAGUGAGAGCUGUGUGGGCAGCUGGUCUGGCUGGGACAGAACCGGCACCAGCGCCACAGAGCUGACGCUGGACGACACGGCCCACUUCCUGGUGCAGAACUUUCAGCAGCGCGACAGAGGACUGUACAUGUGUGGUGUUCAGGAUAUCACUCUGGAGCAGAAGCCAGCCUCCUCAGGUGACGCCACCCUGCUGUACAGAGCCGUGGGUCAGUCCGUCCAUCUCUUCUGCAAAUUCCUGGGCGCUGAGACAUGCUGGGGCAACUGGAACUGGACACCUCAUCAGGCCUCAAACCGUCCAGAGGUGACGCAGAACCGUGGACUGGACGGUGACUACUCCCUGCACAUCUCCUCUGUAGGGUGGGGGCACUCAGGGGUGUUCUCAUGUCAGAGGCAGUGCCUGGGACGCCCACUGAAACCGACAUCAUAUGAACUUGUGGUUGUCAAUGCUACAGUGGAGCCCCAGCAUGUGUAUGAGGGAGGAGACGUGACCCUGCGCUGCUCUCUCUCUCACCUGACGACACCUGUGCAGGUGUGCUGGAUUCACCUGGAUCCCAACCAGUGCUUUGGUCGCCGUUACCGUGGUUACUCGAGUUGCCGCGGGACUAACGCAGCAGCUGUCUCUCACACCGUGAGCAUCGUCAGCUCAGUCCAGAGCCAGUGGGCCUGUGCGGUUUUCCAUGGGGGCACACUGAGAGCUCUGCUGCCUGUCCAGCUGAACGUGUCCAAACACACCACCACGCACUCGCCACCCACACACACAACGCCGGUGCGGAGGGCCGCGACUCUGCCGGGUACACACAGCGAGAGCACCAUGGUUACCAGAGACACCACGGCAACACAACACACAGAGCCAUCAGCAGGAGUGAGUGUCCCACAUGUCUGUGUCAUGAGUGUGUUUGGCCUGGUUGUGGUCAUCUUGGUGGCUCUGACCGCUCUGCUGCUGUUGAAACGCACAGAUAAAGAUGUAGAAGUGUGUGAGGAUGAGGAUGAGCGUAGGACAGCAGAUGAAGAAGCGUGUGCAGGGGGGCUUUCACCCCACAGAGGGACCGUGACGUACGCAUCGGUGCAUUUGAAGAGAAAACCCACUGAGGAUCUGAGCAAAAUUUGCUCAGAUGUUGCAUCUACAGAUCCUCCUGCUACUGCUGGUGGCACUGAAGAGGAGGGUGACCCAGUCAUAUACACUGGACUGAAGAUGAAUUCAUGCCGUUAAAGCAGAGACUCGUCUAGUAGUAGAUAACUUUAUUGUUCCCGUGGGGCAGUUGGGUUUGCGGCACAGUCGCAAGGCACUUCAUGACAGGACAUCAGACAUAUGUCACAAACAAAAAGUCCAUACAUCAAACAGACACUGACAAACAUAACAUGAAGAACGUACAUCACACCCUACAAUACGCCCUUGGGUAUGGCCAGGCCAGCUGGACAUCUAGCUUAUUUUGACUGAUUUAAGGCUUUUAUGGCUUGACUCUCAUUUAAAUAAAGUUAAAAUCUCAUCUAUUGUGAGCAGUCUGAUUCAGAAGUGCAUCUGAAGGUUUAUGCCCUCAUAGUUGUAAAUCCUCUGGAGUA